AUGGGUAACAUGGAUGCUUAUCGACAACUAUUAUUUGAUUACAUACAAGUGUCUCAUUUUUUAAGUGAAAUCUUCACUAGGCUCCUUUUUAAAGUUUUAGCAGCAGUAAGUAAGUACGCCUCUCGAAACAAUAUUCCGCCGCCUGGAUAUCCUCCUAUCACUAGUAAACCAAUGCCUUUAAUGGCUAAUUUAAUCUUACCAAACGAGCCUCCUCCGGGUUAUCGCAGUCGUUACGAUGCUCCACCAUUUGAAGAUAUUCCACCUGGAGUUGAACCCACUGUUCCAGGAUUUGAGCCAUCUCCAUUUGAGAAACCCAUUUUUGGACCAUCAGGUACCAUGGAAAGAGAUAGAUUACCACCAUCUAAUUAUAGAGAUCCCUAUAGAGCACCGUACGUCGAGGGUCCGGCUGGAUAUAGGGACAACCAAAUGCCUCCCCUUCAGAGUGAUAUACCAGGUCCAAUAGCGGAGCAUUCCCAGCGUUAUAGAGAUAACUUUAGAGCUACAACACACCCAUAUCGUGAUCAAGGUCCAGUUUCUUAUAGAGAUGGGCAACCAUAUAGAGAAACUGGAUCUCAAGCUCCAUUUCGCGAUAACAACUUUAGAAAUGGGCCGCCCUCUCUUUUUAGAGACAACAAUUUUAGAAAUAAUCCAUAUAGGGAUCCGAAUUUCCGUGAAAAUGUACCACAUAAUUUCCGUGAUGGAUCUGUACCAUUUAGACCGCCUAGCGUGGAUCCCCGAGAGCCAAAUCCUGUGGUAUAUCCUGAUCCUAAUUACAGAGAGGGUUUUCGUGAUGAAAAUAACCCGAAUAGGGAUGUGCGACCUGGGUAUCGUGGUAGUGUCCGCAACAGAGGUGGUUCUAGGCGUAAUCCAAAUGAUCAUGAAAGACAUCGAGAGAGAGACGGACGAGAAAGAGAUCGAUUUAAUGAAAAUCGUGAAGCUCCCGACCGUACAGAGAGACCACGUGAUGUUGACAAGAGAUCUGGUAAUCGAGAAAACCGUGAAGAACGCCCUAGGGAGUAUGACAGAAACCGAGAUUAUGAAAAAGAAAGAGAUCGUGGUCAUGAGAAACAAUCUCCAGAUAGAAAACAACGCGUUUCACCCAAACGUAGUCGAGAUACCCGUGAAAGAAAACAAAGUGAAACGAGGGCCCGUUCUCGUGAUCGGGAAAGUAGAAAAGAGAAGAAAGAUGAACGUACACGUGAUAAGUCAUCCGCGGAAAGAAGUAAAGACCAUAAAGAAAAGGAUAAAAAGGUUAAAGAUAGGAAAAAGAAAAAGAGAGAAAAAGAAAAAGAAGUUGAGAAGAAAAAAAAGCGCGAUAAAAAGGACAAAAAAGAUAAAGAUGGAUCAAAGAAGGAAGAAGAUGAACAGGAAAUAUCGGAUUCUAAACAAGAUGCUCAUGCAGAGCCUAAAGAAAAAACUGAUCAGAUUGUUGAGCCCAAAGCAGAAAAUCCUGAAUUAUUAACAAAAACAAUUGAGAAUGAUAAUCUUGAAAAGUCUGAUACUCAGGAAAAACCUAAUAAUGAUCUGUACGGUGACGAAGGUGCUGAACUACUGGGGAAAGAAGUACAAAACUAUAAUAGAAUCGAAGAAAAGGAGGAGGUCAAUGAAAACAAAAUUGUUGAGACAUUAAGCAAAGAUGAGCCGUUUGACGGCAUUGAACUUCAGGUGCCAGCUGAUGAAUUGGAAGUUGAUAUCGAAGCAACACCGAAUAAUAAUAAUAAAGAAAUGUUAGCGCCACUACCGGCUUUAUCAAAAUGGGAAGUUGAAGAUGAUAACGUUGAAAAGUCUAAAGAACCAGGCGAAAUAACAUCACCAGAAGAAGAAGAAGAUGGAGGUAAAGUAACAUCUGAGGUUAUUAAACGGGCUGAAAACGCUAUAUUUUCCAAAGCCAUUAGUACUCUGCGACCUAUAGAAAUUAAGAAGAUUAGUAGCGAUCGAUUGAAAUUGUAUAGCGAUGAGACUCAAAUAAAGGGGUCUUUAGAUAACAUACAAAUUACAGUUCCUGUAUUGAACGAGGAUCAGCAGUUGGCAGAUCCCAACAGAAAGAAAAGGUAUUCUAAAACACCUCCUCCUAGACUGUCAGUCAAAGAAAGACUUGGCGGCAAAGUUGAAGAGGUUCGUAAAGUAAGAGAAUCUCGAAUCGUCCAAAGUACAGUGGAAAGAGUGAAGUCCAGGUCGAAAACACCAAAACAUGAGCAGAUACCUUACCGUCGAGUAACUGUUGAAAGAGAUCGAAAUCGAAAGCCUGAAAUAGUGGCCAGGUUAGAAGGAUUAAAGGGUGAAAGAAAAAUUAGUUCUGAUGUACAAAAACCUGAGGAAAGUUAUCGUUUUAACAAUGACAAUGAUUAUAAGAAGAGGCAUUACGGAAAAGCAAAAGAUGAAAUGAAGUCUAUAAAUGAUAGACUUGAUACAAACUCACAAAAUCUACAAAAGGACAUAACUCAAGAAGUUAAAACUUUAAAUGAAAGAGAACGUAAAAAAUCUGUCCUAGACGAAGCUCACUUCGAACCUGAUUAUGAUGAAAAUGUUGAAUCUGAUAAUGAAGCAAAAGUUGAGGCUGGGAAGAAACGUGAGCAUUCUCGAGAUCCAUUAAUGACUGGGGCUAAUGAGCCAAAAAAGGCAAAAUUCGACACGGAAACAAUUAAACUAGAUCUGACGAACGUCAAAAAGAAACCAGAUUCUGACAGCGAAUCAUCGAGCGAUUCUGAAUAUUCUUAUUCCUCAUCGUCAUCUGACGCUCGCAAGCGUAAGAAGAAAAAGAAGAAAAAUAAAAAGAAAAAGAAACGCGCUGCCAGCGACAGCGACAGCGAGUCGGACUCCAGCUCCGACGACCAUAAGAAAAAGAAGAAGAAACGUAAACAUAAGAAGAAAUCGAGUAAGAAGAAAAAGAAGUCUAAACAUAAGUAG